AUGAGCAGCCGCCCCACGGGAGGAUCCGGCUCGGGCGUGUGCUUCGGCCCGCGGGACACCGACAAGCCCUUCGCCGACUCGGAGCGGGCACAGAAAUGGCGCCUGUCGUUGGCCUCCCUGCUCUUCUUCACCGUCCUGCUCUCCGACCACCUGUGGCUCUGCGUUGAGGCCAGGCAAGUCGCCGCCGGGCGCCAUCGGGACCGGGAGCGCCGCGCGGAGCCGGGCAUGGAGCACGACGUAGGGGGGACGGCCCCCAGCAGCAGCCCCGCGGCACCGGCCAGUGCUGGCCAGUGCUUCAGCUUACUGGGCGACGCCGAGGUUGCCUGUCGCCGCUUGCAGCCGGGGGGCUCGGCCCAGGCGGAGCUCUACCUUCCCUUUUGUAAUUCCUAUACGCUGCGCGAGCUCUUCGCCGGGCUUUCUCGGCCGGACACGCUGAACUGCACUGUGGACCGCGGCGGCGGCGGCGGCGACGACGACGACGGGGGCGCUGGGGAAGGGGAUCGGCGCAGCAGGGAGGAGGAGGAUUGGCUUCGCUCCUGCCGCCGCUGCGUCCUGGUUUACCAGAGGUACGAUCGACAAGCUCAGGACCGUUACCGAGAGUUCGAGCUCGUGCUCCAGAAAUACCUGCAGGCGGAGGAGUACUCGGUGAAAUCCGGCCCGGAGGAUUGCAAGACUGUCUACAAAGCCUGGCUCUGUUCCCAGUAUUUUGAAGUCACACAGUCUCAUUGCAACAACACAAUUCCUUGCAAGCAAUACUGUUUGGAGGUUCAGACAAGGUGUCCAUUUAUAUUACCAGACAAUGAUGAUGUCAUCUAUGGAGGAUUAUCCAGUUUCAUCUGUACAGGGCUCUAUGACAAUUACCCAACCAAUGCAGAACCAGAAUGCUGUGAUGUCAGAUGGGGACUCUUAUCCGAUAACCAAUCCAAAGGGACUAUAAAAACAAGUGACUCAAUGAUGUGUCACCGGACAUCGCUCACAGUUUCAUCAGCAUCAAGACUGUGUAACAGCAGACUCAAACUGUGUGUUCUUGUAUUAAUUCUCUUACAUACAGUACUCAUUGUCUCAGCAGCACAGAAUUCAACAGAACUGGGCUUUGGAGGCAUAACAAAUUUUGAAGAUAAUUCCACCAAUGAGGAAUAAGAGACCUGAUCCAUCUCCUCCUACAGGCGCAUCCAGUCAGACCCAAAAGACUGGACCUUUUUGCCCUCUGUUCACUCCUCCAAAAGCCUUCUGGGUAAAACUCAACCAAUGGGCCACUAUCCAAACAAGGACACAUCCUAUACAGCUUUUUAUUGACUAAAAGGCUGUCUGGUGACUUAAAUUUCUCACACCAU